AUGACAUACGGGCAGGCGCUGGCGCUGCUGCUGCUGUGCCUGGCUGCCUGUAAAGCCGCUGUGCCGGGCCGCACCACUGCGUCCACCGCCACCGACGCCGCUGCCACUCCCACCGCCGCCACCUCCGCCGCUGCCACCCCCACUGCCGCCACCACCACCGACCCCAACACCCCCACCCCCACCCCCGCCGCUCCCACCACCCCCGCCGCCACCACCCGAGCCUCCACCACCGCCUCCACCCCCACCACCCCCACCACCCUUGCCGCCCUUCCCCUUGCCGCUGCGGCGCCUGCCACUGGAAGCAGACGCAACCCCAACCUCCUCAGCACCAAGGAGUGA